UUCCACACGGCUGUGCACCCGUGAGAGUGUGUUUACGCAAGAGUGUAUAUGUGUGUGUGAGAAAGAGUGCGAGUGUCUGACAGAAGCGUGCAGUCCCCACCACGGAGGAUUCAACUUUGACAGGUCUUCUUUUGCAGAGAAUAAGAGAGUAUUGACUGGAUGGGGAAGGUGAUGAAGAGCUGCUGAAGCCGGGCCAUCGUUGAACACUGUUUGAUAUUUAGGGGGGGUUCUUUUUUUGGUUCAGUUGACUCUGAGUACUUUUUUUUACUUUAACAACAGGGAGUCAAGAGGUGACUCUGGAAGUGCUUGCACAGGAAUUUAAGCAGAGGUUUGAUCCCGCUGAACUGCCACUGCUCCGAGUGCAUUUGUGUGUUUUUAUUCUCUUUUAAUCAUUCACUUGAUGCUGAGGCAGAAUGGUCGCCUCCUCUCUGUUGGACACAGAUGACAAUCACACUUACGUGGAUGAGCGUUUUUACUUUGAGGACAAUAUUGAUGCGUUUGGCAUCACUAUGGCCAUUCUCUACCCCGUGGUUUGCAUCCUGGGACUAGCUGGGAAUUCCCUUGUCAUCAUUGCCAUUUUGAAAUUAGACAAAAUGUCAUCGUCCACAACAGUGUACGUUUUCAACCUGGCCCUGGCCGAUGGACUCUUCAUGGUCGGUCUGCCAUUUAUAGCGAGCCAGAACUUCCAGAACCGCUGGGUGUUCGGUGACAUGGCAUGCAAAGUGGUCAUGGUGCUGGAUGGCAUCAACCAGUUCACCAGCGUCUUCUGCCUGACAGUGAUGAGCAUCGACCGCUACAUGGCGCUGGCCGACCCGCUUCGGUUUGCGCGCUGGAGAACGCCACGCUGCGCCAAGGUCGUUUCGGCUUUCCUGUGGCUGUUCUCGCUCCUCACCAUUCUCCCCAUGGCGCUUCACUUCUCGGCAGAUAAAGGCCUUUGCAUACCAGAGCUCGUCUCGGACACCUGGUGGCUGGGCAUCCUCUCUUACACCUUUGUCAUGGGAUUUGCUCUGCCAUUCACGAUGAUGAUCGCAUCCUACGCAGCACUCCUGCUCACCCUGCGGCUCCAGCGACUCAGGACAUCGAUACCAAACCAAGAGAGCCACCGGCUGGAGCAACAGGUCACCAGAAUGGUGGUGGCGGUGGUGGUCAUGUUUGGUGUGUGUUGGCUGCCGUUUUACACCUUCAACUUCUGCUCCCUGUAUCAAAGUGGUCUGGUCCUGACUUUUGCCAGAGCCUUUGAGUGCAUGGUCCUUUUGUCGUACUCAUGGAGCUGUGCUAACCCCAUUCUCUACGCCUGCCUCUCCGACACCUUCAGGAGGCACUUCCGCACCCUCCUCUGCCCCGUGGCCAAGUCAUCUCCCAGCAUGCAGUGCAACACUGAACGGUAUGACUUGAAUGACACAGGGGUGCGGGACGUCACCAUACUGGCAUAGAGAGAAGACUAAAGACUGGGUCACCAUUUAUUUCCAUUUCCUGCACUGCAUGAUACCUAAAACUUAUUUACUCAUUUAAUUGUGAUUAAUCCUAAUUUUUGUGUUUAUUUUUUAUUUUGGAAACAGUUACAGAUACAUUAUUUCCCCCAAGAAUGAAGUUGAACAUAUUUUCUUGAAGAUUGUUAUAUCCAGGGUGAUUGAGUUUGGUUUUUUCCACACACGUGUGUACAAGGUAAGAACUCAUAGCUGUCUCAAAUAAAAGUGUUGACAUGGUGUCUGCAGAGACUCCUGUUGACCGCACACUUCACUGUUUGAGUACUGACUGUAAAUCAUUCUGCCCAGCUGUUAGUUCACCCUGUCCUCCCUGUGUAAAUUAAAGUGUUGACUUUGUACUUUCCAAUGUCUUUCUCACGAAAAUUUCUUUAAAGGUCAAAAAGGCCAAAAAAAAACACUCUCGUCAAAUGGCGUACUUCAUUUUGAUUUUGAGGAUUUUCCAUAAAGCUCUUCAUAUGACAAAUCCCCCCACUUGUAAGAGUGAUGACCCCUUCCUCCCCUCUCGGUCUGACUCAGACCUGUUGUAUAAUUUGUCAUCUAAUAACUCAGAUGGCCGAGCUGCUCUAGUGCAUCUCCUUACACUGCUUUCCACCAGGAACUAAUGAAAUACGGCACAAGAGGCUUGAAGUGAGAACAGGUGGAGUGUAAACAGCGUAGCAUGGGUCACAUGCCUUUGGCCAAACACCAGCACACAAAGACACAGACAGGCCCCCUCGACUCCCACGGCCGGUGGCCUUUGAGUGAUGAAUAGUGUCAAAUGUGUGUGUGUUUGUGCCUGGGUGGCCAUGUGCAUGCAUCUAUACGCAUGCUUGUAUUGAAAUAUUUGUUGUUUUCUAACCAUGUGUUUGCAUAGAAAACCUGCUGCAUUGCGAAUGUAAAUAUGUUGCACAUGUCGAACCCUAGAGGGCACGUCAGAGAGCUCACACCUCAAACAACCACUGGAUUUGCAUUAUGUAAACAAUAUACACGAUUACACACAAUUGGUCUUUGGAUUCUGUGGCCGGUUAAGGCAACUGAUUAC